AUGGAGCCCGUCUCCGCGAUAAUCGGUAUUGCUUCAGGAGUUGCGGGGCUCUUGGCGCUUACCGCUCAGAUUGUCGAGUAUCUGGUCGAGAUCCGAGAUCGCCAUCAGAACGCGCGAUUGACGGUUUUAGAUUUGAUUGCAACAUUCAAAGCCUACGAGGCUGCAUGGUGUCAAAUCCAACAAUGGGCGGUGCAAGCAUGUCAGACAACACUUGCUGGAGAUAGCGACUCUUUGGUCGCCCAGAUUGAGAGCUAUCUGGAAGUUGGAAAGGCUAUGAUGGAUAUCAUUGAGACCGACCUUGAUCGUGCAUCUGCGACUUCAAAGCGUGGACUCUGGGCUCGCAUGGGUGGCAAAGCGAGAGGCAAAGACGCGCUAUACUUAUUGUUGCACCACAAACUGCUCUGCGAGCAUGGCGAUAGAAUUCAUCGACAGAGCACAUCGCUCAAUCUGCUGAUAUCGGUAUUGACUUUACCGUCUCAACCCGUGCAAGAAGCCGCGAUUGAAGUUUUGAGACCAAAGUUUCGAAAAGACGAGGAGACUGCCUGGACGAUCGUGAAGAGCGGGCACCAGCCAAGCACUCGUAUGCCAGAGUCCACGAUCGCAACCUCUACCAGAUCAGGAUUGGGGUCUAUGAUGUCCGUGGUAUCUCAACGUUGUGGUCUCAGUGGAAGUUUCUCCUUUGAAGACGAGCUGUUCAGUGGACCAGUGUAUCGGCGCUUGCUCAUCAACAAGUUAUGUGAGCAACCGAUAAGUUUUAGUAGUUCGAAACAUGAUCGUCAAACUUCAAGACGGCACGCCGAAGAUCCGAGAGAAGCAGACCCCGGCCAAUCGACCCAUGAUGACAAUACUCUUGCGCUUGACCUGCGCCGGCAAGGCAUCUUCAGUCGAAGUUACCACGAAGAUUAUCUCGAAUUCGUAGCACGUCAUCGGCCUAGGAGACUAGAGAGACGACAUAUGCCAUUGGCAGCAAUCCUUUGUCAGGAGGCAUUGGAUCAGGACGAGCAGAUCCGGAUUGACAAUGAAUAUUUCAGAGCUGUCAUUGAGCUAGAACUCAGUCAGGUUGCAGACGCCCUUGAUCAAGGCGCAGAUAUCAAUUGCCGUCGAAGUGGCAUUUCACCACUAGAGUACUGCAUCUUGAAAUGGGGAAAGGAGAGGGGAUACGCACCAGGGCUGCCUAGUGAAGAGACAACAAUUGCAGAGUUCCUGAUGCUGUAUAAGGAAACUCAUAUUCCAUACAAUUUCCGGGGUGAGGUGUCAAUUCUUCACGUUUGCAUGCAUAUUGGGGCCACAGCCAAGUUCAUGCGGCCCAUCCUUGAGGUCGAAGACAGUGCAAAGGCUCUGGAGCAGUGCGACAAGAAAGGCAGGCCCGUGUUGCACUGCGCAGUCCUGUCUUUAGAGGCCGGUCUUUACAGCCUCAAGCAGUUGAGGCAGAUAUAUGGAGAUGGUACACUGCAAACCAGGGAUAUUCGCGAUCAAAAUGGCCACAAUGUACAUGAAUUUGCCAUAUUGGAAAAGGCAUUUGACCAUGUCACCGUUUUGAACAAGAUCGGCAACAAUAAAGGGCCCCGUGUACUUUUUGACCUCAGCAGGAUUGGUGAGGUGGACGAAGAGUCCAGUGCUUCAGGAACCCUCACUGAUGAAACCCAGGCCUUGGAAACACCGGCGAUUCUUAGUCUUUCAUUGAUAACAUCACUGGAGAAGCAAGGCCCGGAUGCCAGUGCAGAUGAAGGUACAUCGCCGAUCAGUGUGCAAUGGCUACAUUCUGAGGAUCAUGGGCACCGUGAUGCCCUGAGAGUGGCCAACUUCAGCGAACAGGAAUCCAACGAUGCUGCGAUAUUGAAGCCACAUGCCCAGCUCUUACUACAUCGUCAGACACUCUGA